AUGGGUUCAUCGUUCAAGGCGGAGUGGGGCCCGGCCAUCUGCAUGGUGCUGAUCGAGCUGUUCACGACAGGGCAGAUGCUGCUCACCAAGGUGGUCGUGGACGCGGGGCUCUUCGUCUUCGCCCUCCUCACCUACCGCUUCUUCAUCGGCACCGUCCUUGUCGUCCCGCUUGCCAUCAUCUUCGAGAGGUUCACAAUUCCUGGUCUUUACUACAUUGGCCUUGGAGAUACAUCGCCUGGAUACGCGAUCAAUUUUUAUAACAUCAUCCCAAUAGCAACAUUCAUCCUUGCAGUUCUUUUCAGGAAGGAGCCUUUGAUCAUGAAGAGCCUGGUAGGAAACAUCAAGGUGAUAGGAACCAUUGUUUGUGUUGGGGGAACGCUCGUGAUUAGCCUGUACAAAGGCAAAGUGCUACAUCUGUGGCCUACCAACAUUAUCGGGUACCACACCAAGCAUUCAGGAGCUGCAUUUGGGCACCACCAUAUGCGUGGAACCAUUUUGCUCAUUGUCAGCUGCUUGAGCCUGGCAGUCUGGUACACAGUGCAGGCAAUACUGAACACUGCUGCAAAAUUCGUGAUGAUUUCAUGGGUUGUCACGCAGCGAGGCCCAACCUACCCGUCGAUGUUUUGUGCAGUAUCUGUCUUAUUCACCACUGUCCUUGACUCGCUGCUUCUCGGCCAUGAUUUGUCUGUUGGAAGUAUUCUUGGCAUGAUCAUGAUUCUUGCUGGGCUCUACCUGUUCCUCUUGGGAAAGAGAAAAGAAUUGGCGCCUGGGAGUGAAGAAAAAGAAAAGGAUCAACUGCAAGCUCAGAGUGAAGAUAAAAUCAAAGAAUCAGGAUCGAACGUAUGAUUGUUUCGUCUAACAAAAAUGUUGUGCCAGGAUAUGAGACACCUGUCCAAAAUACGUAGUUCAUAUCGGAGUGAAGAAGUCUUUAGCUCGUUGUACUAAAUUUGAAUUAAGAUAGUGUCGUCUAUACAUGCAAGCGACAAAAUAAUAGAAACAGAACAUUUAUCCAACCAUCCCUUAGGCAAACUCUCCACAGUUGCCCUGGGUACGGUUAAACUCGAUGCUGUGCAAACUCUCAAGUGGCAUAAAA